AGCAAGUCUUUCUUCCGAAAUCCAGGAUUCUAUACAAUAUAAAAGCCCAUUAGAAAUCUCAACAGAACGCUUACCCAGUGCGCCCAGUGCUCGAAUCAAGUGUACGAUGCCUGUUCCUAUUCCCGAGACAUACGGAAACAAGGCCAAAUAUAUACCAUUACCGAAACAGAUCGAGGGCACAUCAAGUAGGUACCCAAAUCAUUCCCCUGCCAACUUACACUCCGACACAUCCUUUCUUCACAUAACACGUUCACCCAAUUCAGACUUUACCAUGCAGCGCAACGGCCACGGCGACCAUGUCGCUGCUGUUGCGCAGGACACCACUCCUCUACUACCUGGCACAGUUCAAUUACCACACCCAUCACCCUCCACGUCUUUCAUUCAAUGGGAUUGGGAUACCGAACACCACGACCGACGCCUCGAAGCUAAAGCAGACGCAGCUCUCCAUGGCGCACAACCCUUUCAAGUAGACCGAAGAGUCCUCAAAGACGUCGUACGAGAAAUGACAGGCUGUGAAGUCGGGAGAAUAAAUUUCCUCAGUUCUGGCACUUUUCACAAGGCGAGUGCACAGCUCAAUGCAUAUCUUGUUACUCUUAUUGACACGCGUGAGCUGGUUGCUCGCGUCGCUCGUCGCUUCAUGCCUCGCCUCAAGACAGAGUCUGAGGUGGCUACUAUGCACUACCUUCGCGAACGGACAUCCAUUCCUGUUCCAGAUGUCUAUUACUAUGAUGCAAAUCCCUACAAUCGUCUAGGAGGCGAAUAUAUCCUCAUGUCCAGGGCAAAAGGAGUUCCCCUGUCACGCGUAUACCAUACACUCUCUAAUGAAGAACUCAAAUCUCUCUUUGCAAACGUCGCAUCUAUCAUAGUACCCCUUUUCGCACAACGUUUCUCACACAUCGGAUCACUAUAUCUAGAGGGCGCAGGUACAGGCGCACCAGCCCCUCUCUCGGUUUUGUCAUCAAACUCGCCGACACCAACAGCGACGCGUCCUACCAUAAACGGCUUCAAAUUCAUGCCCCUUUUGUCCAUGAGCUCCUUUUCCAAUGCCGCCACCGCAGGGCCCCUAACCAGAACAGUCUCACGACCAACCUCGGCCAAAGAAUCCCACAUCGGCCCCAUCGUCUCCUGGCCCUUCUUCGGCUCGAACCGCGGGGACCUCUCCCACCCAGACGAAAUCGACCGUGGCCCCUGGUCCAGCACAAGCUCAUACCUCGCCUCAUGCAUAGACCGCGAAGUCCGUGGCGUAGUCCUCGAGAACGAGGGUAAAUCGGCUCCGCAUCGGCUGCAUCUUGAUCCGGAUGAGAUCCAGUCCUCAAGGCAUCACCACUUGAACGCGGUGCCGGGCGAUCAGAGCGAUGAUAGUGAUGAGUGGGACGCGCAGGAGAGUGAGGAGGAGUGGGAUGGGCCUGGGGAUGUGAUGUAUAGGGAUUAUAGGCGCAUGCAGAGGAGCACGUUUUUAAUUGCGCAUAUCAUGCGAAGGGAGGAGUCUGUGAGGAAGGAGAUGGGACGCUGGAUGCGCAUGAUGGAGAGGCUUGGGGCGUGUGCGGAUCAUUCUGGGGCGACAGAAGAGUUUGGGCUGGAUUGCCACGACAUAAGCCUGGAGAACGUGUUCGUGGACGAAAAUGACCAUACGCAAAUAACAUGUGUCAUCGAUUGGGAAUCUACAACUACCCGUCCGCUCUGGGCAUGUGCCCACCUCCCGACUUUCCUGCAAUCUAGUCCGUUCACGACUCGUAUGUUCCGAGAAGCGGUCGAGGAUCUAGCGCGCGGCCGAGCGCCUGAGCCAGCACACCCAGGGAAGAACAUCAAACCCGUGAACAGCGUGACAGCCGCAAAAGAAUGGCUGCACUACGAAGCAAUGGGUGCACGGCUGCGCCUCGCGCACCGGUGUGUCGAAUGGGACGGCUGGGAGGAAGGGCUCGUGGACAGUAUCCUCGGGCCCGAAGACACCGAAGACGAAUGGUUCAAAGACGCCGAGUGUACUGCAGAAGCGCUAUCUGCCUCGAGUGCGCCCGUGUGUGCCGAGAGCGUGGCUAGUACCUCUGGGGCUAAUUCUGGGGCGUUGCAGGCUGCGUCGUUUAAGCGGAGGAAAAAGGCGGGGCAUAUACCGCUGAAGAAGGAGAGGGAGAGGGAGCAGAUGUUGAAUACGACUGGGGAUAUUUGUGGGGGGCGGGGUGGGGAGUUGGGGAGGAGACUUGAGGCGUGGUUGAGCGUUAAUGGGGAUGGGACGAGGAAGGGUUGGGAGGAGGAGUAUGAUGCGGAGGCGGAGUGAUGCGGGGGCGGAGGUGGAGUGAUGCGGAGGUGGGGUCUUUCUUUGUGUUUUGGACUGGUAUGUAGAUUGGAUCUCGGUGAGCUGGGUUAUGCUAUGCUAUGUUACGCCUGGACAUAAUACUGUACGAUAUACACCCCCCUUUACGCACGCACUUGCAUUUGUCACGCAUUUUUCUUAACUUUUAGCUUUGGGCGGAAUUUUCUGCUCUUUUGUUUGCUCCUACAAGAGCGCAAUCUGCUUGAUUCAAAG